AAUAGGUAUAUAAUAUAAAGUAUUUAAAUAUAAAGUUUGUGUACUUCUUUCUUAUUAAUAUAAAUUAUGAUUAUCUAGAGGUCAUUGUAAUACGCAUAUAAUAAUUUAUAUUAAUAAUUAAUGGUUUGGGAUGAAAUGUCCUUAUAACCGGCUUUAUCAUAUGAUAAAAAGCAUGAUAAGAUUAUUGGCUUUGAAGAUUGGGGUAUGAGGAGGAGUAGAAAAAUAGCGGAUCAUGCUAUAGUAUUUUAUUUGAGGAGUUUAAAAACAGGGAAUAAGAUGCCACUAGGAUAUGAAUAUUGUAGGAAUAGCACGUCAACUCAUCAAUUAACACAAUAUAUAAAAGAAUGAUUAGUAAAUAUUAUCAUAGCUGGUCUAAUACCCGUUGCUACAAUAUGUGACCAAAGUGGCCCAAAUGUUGCUGCAAUAAAUUCAUUAAUAAAUGAAUGCAAUAAGAUCCGAGUAAUAAAAGGUUUACAUACAAGAUCACUAAAUAUAUAUAACUUUUUUGUUGAUCAUGAACAUAAAUACAUGUGUUAUAAACAAAUUUAUUCUUUAAUUUUAUUAUAAAUAAUUAUAAUUUUUGGUUAUAGAAAACAGUUUUAUAAUACGAGAUAUAAAAAUUGUACCGCUUUAUGAUUAUGUACAUCUAUUAAAAGGAAUUAGGAAUAACUUUUUGACAAAAGACAGACAUAUGAUUAGAUACGGACAUAACUAAUAAAUGCAUGGAUGAAAUGAAGUAUGCAUCUUAGGAUCACAUUAUGUUAACAUACGGGAUUGACAAACAAUCUGUAAUGAGACGUCGUCAACUUCCAAAGAUAACGGAUAAGCACAUUAAUCCUAAACUCAUACCUAAAAUGAAAGUUAAAUAUGCAACCAAAGUUUUUAGCAAUACUGUGGCAAACUUUAUGGAUGUCAUCUUAAAUUUAAGUGGAGGAAUUGUCAAAACACAAGGCAACAUCAAGGAUUGAGUACAUCUUCUACCAAGUGGGUAGAAGUGGGCAUUUUAAAUUUUGGCGAGAAGCUUGCAUGAAAUUAAAAAAAAUGCAGUAUGUUGCAAAAGAAACUCGUCAAAUUCUAAGAAAGAAUCCUUCUAAAUGUCUCGUUAACUGGAGAUGGACCAUUCAAGCUGUACAAAUCAUAUGAUACAUAUUGAAAAAUGCUGGCUAUGAAUCAUUAAAUUUAAAAUAUUUAAACCAGGAUGUCAUCGAGAACUUCUUCGGUCAAGUUAGAAGUAAUGGAUGCGCCAACAGAAAUCCAACUCCUGAACAGUUUCAAGGAGCAUUUAAAAUUUAUUAAUUUGCAAUAUAACCUCUGAACAUUCUGUUGGAUCAAAUUGUCAAAAAAAUGACGAAGGGUCAACAUUAGUGUUAACAGAAUUAAUGGAUCUAAAUAAAUCAAUAAAAAAUCAAUAAAUAUUAAGACAACUAACGAAAUUGACUCCACUGAAUCAGCUUUACCUCUGUCUAUGGAAAAUAAAGUAAGGGAAGUGCGCCGGUUGUGGGCACCGUUUUGUUUUUAGCUCAUAACUUUUGAAUAAAUGUAUAUUAUGCAGACAUAUGUGUACCAGUGAAAAGCUAGAGGCCUUAGCUAACUGUCAGUGAAGGAACUAAAUUGAUUUCUUCAACUAGAAAAAUUUUAUCAAAAAUUUAGUGAAGUGACAAUUUUUGGACAAAAAAAA